AUGUGUGUUCGAGACACACGUACCUUCUACCGCGCCAUUGAACUCAAUCUUCUCGGGAUCAUGGUCGCCAUUCGCAUAACUGCGCCGGAGACCCCGCUACUUCCACGUAUGUACCGCAUGUUGAAUGGCAUCAGCGACACGAUCCCCGCUGUACGCGCCUUCCACGCAUCAAGAUCUCGGCCUGGCGUAUCGAGAGAGCUCGCGCUCUACGAUGCGCAGGAAGUAUCUAUCGUGAAGACGUACAAGUAUCAUCAUACGGUCCUAGCGGAAUCCGAAGGAUCUUGGUCGCGGAUAGCGACUUGCUGUAACGGAGCAUGCCCCUUGAAGGACGAAGAGCGCAACACCCGAGCCUUGCGCGCGUGUGCUUGCGGCGAAGCUCUGUACUGCUCAAAGAUCUGCCAGCGUGCUCACUGGACUGUCGGUGGGCAUAAUGUAGAAUGCUCCAGUCGCCACGAGCUAGAUUUUGGAGUACUUUCCGCUAGGGAUAUGAACCGCCUGGUCUCGGAGGCUCGUGUAGUCCUGCGGAAGCUCUUCGAUGGUCUCCCGGCCGAGCCGUAUGAUCCUGGGUAUGCGGUGCGUGUAGUUAUCGACACGCGGCUCCGCCAAGACGGCUGGCCUUCGUUCGAAGUGCACAAGGAGAAAGCAGACUUUCGCACCGAUGAGUCGCCGUACGUGCUCGUCGAUGUCAUCUUUCAACAAGCAGAGAUCCCGCGCGUGCGCCGCGUCCGGUUUAUGCCUGAGCGAUAUGCUGGCCGCGUUCCACAGUCAUACAGACUCUUAUCGCAGGCCUUCUUCGACGGCUUAGAGAACGAGGAGCCGCCCCGUCUUCAUGAUCUCACUCAAAGGGAGCGCCUAUUUGGUCGUCGAGAUGCGUUUGCAGCCUUGAUGUCGCCCGAGGAUGAGCUGUAGGAGCGCUACCGCCAUAGUCAUAUUCCCAUAGGCGAUAAUGCUGUAAUUCCUUCCCUCUGUGACACAACAGCGUGAUCAG